GGCAAACAGUGCGCGUUGGCGAAAUCGUCGCGCACUGGCCUAGGCUAGCGAAAGAUCAGUUCAGUCUUUAGACGUGGCUGCUACUGAUCAGAUCAAAGUUCUUCUCAAAUCAACGCAGAUCAAUUUCAUUUACAUAUAAAUUAUAGUGUUUUAAACGUGUUGCGGUCCGCCUCAUUCAAUCAAUUUGCUGCCUGUGCUUUGUUAAGAGUUCCUUAGCUUCGCUGUCACGUCAGAUUGGCGAGUAUCCCUAUACGUUCGAGAAAUUUGGGUGAAUUGCUUGUAGCCGGUUCGUUGGUUGCAGCAAACAAUAGUGUCUUAAAAGAUCUCCUCUUCAGCCUUCUACAACCUUUCUGAAACCUUUCUAUCGAUCGUUUUGUGUUUGUUUGUUUCGUAAAUUGACUUGACUCGUGAGCAGCUGUGCAACAACCAUCAUGACUCAAAGUCCUGCCAUCAUUUGCGAUGCAUGCCAAAAACCUUCGGAUUAUAACACUUCAAUAGUGUAUCAUUGCGGCCAUUUAAUCCACUACAAAUGCCUUGUACUGGACAAACGUUGCCCGUUCUGUCUCGACGAGAUCUUUUUGAGCAGUGCGACGUAUGAGGACGCGAGUGCGUACGCGGUCUGGGAUGCGGAGUGUCCCGGUGCACAGCUAUCCUUAGUGCGGAAAGAAAUGCACGCGUUGAAGCUGUACCAGAUGGAGCUGAUCGGAAUAAUGAGGAAAUUAAUCGAGAACUUAGAUUUCUUGUUGGCAGUAGCAGCGGCAAAGGAGCUGGCAGCUACAGAUGAGCUUUACAAGAAGUAUAAGCUGCUUGAAGCUGAGCUGAUGGCUGCUGCUCCGAAGCCGUAACCAAUGGCAUUAUUUUUGUAAGUGCACAAGCGUACACAAGUGAGAAUGAAUUUGAAACACGUUCAAAUUAAUAAAA